AUGUAUGGUGAAUUUGAGUAUGAAAGCGAGGAAGUGGAAGAAAAAGAAGGCUACUAUACCAGGGAGCAAUCAGGAGAGGAGACCACCAAUCAGGAGAGUGUGGCAGAAGAAACCACUGGUCGGGAAGAAGCACCCCCAUCAGAGGUGGAAACCGAGGAAAUGGAGAUCCCUAGUCCCACUAUAUACUUAACCAUCCUAAAGAAAAUACCAAUGCCGGAAAAAGAGAAGGAGUCUGCUAUUGGAGAAUCAAAAACGGAUAUGGACAACCUAACAGAGGAAGAACGAGGAGAA